AAAACAGAAAAAGUAGCAGAAAAAAAAAGAGUCAAAAGGGAGAAAGCCACCAGAGAAACCUCAGAGAUGCUCAGUUCCUUCCCUUGACAGAAGCCUCUAAAGGCACAGAGAUAGGAUAUUUCAGGAAGGGGAGAGGCAAAGAAAAACGUGUGGGAUCAGGAGAAAUAAACUGAGCUGCACACACUGGGCACAGCAAUGGCAAUCAUACAUGGCAGGAGGAAGAGGUCGCAGGGAGUUGUGCCCCUCUAUUCCAUGGCCAAUGUCUGCCAGGGCCACAAAGAUUCAGCAGCUCAUUAAAGGCCCACACUUGCUAGUUGGGUGAUACACAGGAGGCAUCAGGGGACAAAAAAGGCUUUUGAUGAUAUUUUCACCAUCUCAACAUUGAUGAGUAAAAUGUGGAGAUCAUGUGGGGGUGGGAGGAUUUCCCCCUGUGCCUUGGAUUUAGUGUCUGUCAUGCAGAGAAGGAUUGGGGAGGAAUUGUACAAUGACUGAGCUGGGCUCUAUGGACAUUAAGGGUAUUAAUCUCUCUCCCCACCUCUCUUUCUCUCUGGCCUUGUCUGAUGGAAAGACAGCUCCUGACCGCUGUGUCACCUACACAGUAGGAGCAGAGUAUGUUCCCCGCUCCUUAUUGUUAGGCUAAGGCGAGGUCUUCUUAUUUAGCGCUUCUUAUUUAAUGCUACUUAUUUAGCGCUACUUAUUUAGCGCUCACCAGGUUCUCCAGAGCUGCUCUCGUCUCUGAACUGGCAAGUCUGCUGCUGCUCAACUCACCGAACCUCUCAAGUUGCUCAAUUGGUAUUUAGUGUGACCACCUCAAAUUAAUCAGACUCCGGGCACUCUCCUGCGCUGUCAUUCUUCAUCGGGACUGUAUUGACAAGAAGCCCAGGUAACCCCCUGAGACCUGCACCGACCCUGCCGACCCUUCCCCUCCCACCUGUUGCUGUUGCUGCUGUUACCUUGUGCGCUUCUCUCCAGAGCAAUGAGGAUCCUCACUUUCCUGCUCGGCCUGAAGACUCUGUGGGUUUUGGCCUUUUCUUCUCUGUCCAACACCAUCGCGGUGAAUAACAGCGGCAAAUGGUGGGGGAUAGUGAAUGUGGCUUCUGCAGGGAAUGUUCUUCCUGGAUCAGAUGCUCGACCUGUUCCUUUAGUGCUAGAUCCAAGUCUGCAGCUUCUCAGCCGGAGGCAGAAACGUUUAAUUCGCCAGAACCCAGGAAUCCUCCAGAGUAUAACCCGAGGCCUACACAGCGCUAUCCGAGAGUGCAAAUGGCAGUUUAGGAACCGGCGCUGGAACUGCCCCACUGGAACUGGAAACCAAGUUUUUGGAAAGAUAAUUAACAGAGGCUGCAGGGAAACAGCUUUCGUAUUUGCCAUCACCAGUGCAGGAGUGACUCAUUCUGUAGCUCGCUCGUGCUCGGAAGGUACCAUUGAGUCUUGCUCAUGUGACUACAGGAGAAGAGGUCCUGGAGGCCCAGACUGGCACUGGGGUGGAUGCAGUGACAACAUUGAAUUUGGCCAGUUCAUUGGCAGGGAGUUUGUGGACUCCAGUGAGAGAGGGAGAGACCUGAAAUACCUGGUAAAUCUGCACAACCAUCAGGCUGGCAGAUUGACCGUGCUAACAGAGAUGCGUCAGGAGUGCAAGUGUCAUGGAAUGUCAGGAUCCUGCUCCCUUAGGACAUGCUGGAUGCGGCUUCCCCCCUUCCGUUCAGUUGGGGAUGCUCUGAAGGACCGUUUUGAUGGAGCCUCUAAAAUCACCUACAGCAACAAUGGCAGCAAUCGAUGGGGUUCCCGCAGUGACCCUCCUCAUCUAGAACCUGAGAACCCCACCCAUGCUCUGCCAUCAUCCCAGGAUCUUGUCUAUUUUGAGAAGUCUCCUAACUUCUGCAGCCCUAGUGAAAAGAAUGGAACUCCUGGGACCACAGGGCGAAUAUGUAACAGCACUUCAUUGGGAUUAGAUGGAUGUGAACUCUUGUGCUGUGGUAGAGGAUACCGGAGUCGGGCUGAAAAGGUCACGGAACGAUGCCAUUGCACGUUUCACUGGUGUUGUCAUGUAACCUGCUUAAACUGUACUAGCUCACAGAUUGCCCAUGAGUGCUUGUGAUACCCUAAACUGAACUAAUUUCAUAUAUGAAAAAACCUUCAAAACUGAAACAAAACAGGGGACACACAAUACUGUAAAAAAAACCUCUUUAUAUGCCCUUUGUUCUCAGAAUGGUGUAAAACACAUGAACUUGCAUUGCCUAACUUUCCUUUAUAGCACUGAAAAAGUAAGCAACAAAUAUUUCUAUGUCCUAUAUUAUAUGUCCUUUCUCUUAAGACAUUGCUGGAUGGAACUAAGAGCACAAGGCAUUCAUAUCACCAAACUAUGAGUAUACUGUAUAACAUAUUACUCCACUGACAACUUUAACAUAUGAUGAUUACUCUGAAUGUAGAAAUUCACCAUGCAGUUAGCACUGAUAUUCACUGAUAUUCCUGCUGUAGUUGAACCAUGAAUUGUAGUGCACUGACUUACGACCUUUACAUGUUCCUACAUAUCCUGCUGAUGGAUCCCCUUAUUAAAUAUUCAAACAGAAAUAAUACAGCACAUUAACUGUAUUUCAAGAGAUGCAAACAGGUCAACUAAAUGAUAUUUCAGAUGGAGAAAACUGAGUUGUUACUGACAAUGAAAUUUUUUUUUCUUUUCCAAUUAUAUUUAUUGGCAUUCGAAAAUGCACAAUGACAAAUAAUAACAGUGCAUAAUAAUUGCACAACAAAAGUAAGUUAGCAUACUUAAGAUGGAUAAAAAGAAAUAGAUCACAAUGCAAAGUAAAAUGGAAACAUCGCAAAUUUCAGAACUAACUGCAAAUGGACAGAAUAACACUUUCCUCUCUAUCAUAAAAAGAAAUGAAUGAUGAAAACAUAAGCUAUGGAACAUCAAGGGAAUAGAACUGGACUGGAGCUUUGGGGGCCCACCAGGGCUGCAAACGAAAGGCCCUCCUGGCAGUCCCCGGGGGAACCCCUCCCGAGCUCCAACUCCCUGGCCUGCCGCUCACUGUUCGCACACGCGCGGACACAUCACGCUGCUCCAGAAUGCUGAAAAACUGAGCAUACGUUCAUUUCUUAAUGGCACGUCCGGUGCAGGGGGAGCAGGUCUGGGCUGGCGGGCCAACCGAGUAUUUUCCCGGUUUCCCGCCGGCCCAGUCCGACACUGGAAUAGAAUAGAAUGCUCUCCAGGAGUGUACAUGAAUUUAUUAAACAUCAGUUUGUCAUUAGAAUUCAAAGUAUCUAAAUAAGGGGACCAAUUGUUCAAAAAUUUCUUUCUAAUUGCAAAAUUUCCAUAUCUAAAAUUGAUAGCAUCCUGUAGAUGGACAAUGACAUUUUGACUUUGCAGUUCUAGCUGUUGUUUGAUUUGUUUAUGUGAGGGCCACUUUAUACAUCAUUAUAAGCAUACAAAUGGUUGGGACUUUGGCACAUAUGAGUUGGUGAAUAUUUGUAUUUGCGUACAUAAAUACAAGAUAUCAGAUAUAUAUUAAAAAGACAUUUUUCAUGAGUUUAGUAUAUACAUCAGAGAUAUCCAACUUACAGGUCACUAGCUGUUGUUGAACCCCACCAUUCUACCUGAAGGUGUAGGGACUUCUGAGAGUUGUAGUUUAUAAACAGCUAUCAAUUUGCAGAUUUGAUAUCUCUAAGUUCUUUUAUGUUCCCUUAAAUUAAAGCCUUUGCUUUACUAAAAUUCCCUUGGACUACCAAUCUCUAAUUCAGGCCCAGAAAAAUACCCUGCUGAGAAUGAUAUUAACAUCUUGCUGUACAUGCACUUGCUCUGCUGGAAAACUGAUGAAAAGCAGGUUUAUUAAUUCAAAGUUGGCAAAAGGAGGAAUCCCAUUUGUGAGUGUGGGGGGGAGAGAUCAAUGCACCCCAGGGGCCCAUGCACUGAGAUGAAAACGAGACAACCCAGCUUAUUAAAAAAUAUAUAUAUUUACUGUAACACAGACUUUGUGUUACAGGCAGGAGAAGGGACAUUUACAUUAUGUGUUGAACUAUAUUAGAUCCUAUUAAAGGAAAACUAUAC